AUGCAAACAUACCCAGUGUUUUACAUCGGCUUGCUUAAGGCUUUCCUUGAUCCGUCGCUGGUGGAUCACGAGGCGCUUGCGCUGAAAGAGUUGGCGAUGCCACAAGCCGAGGAACCCUCAAUAGAUGAUCCAGUUGUCCGUCCAGAAGCGCCACUCGGUAUUGCAGAUCGUGCACCUCGUGCACUAGCUCGUCGACAACGCGUCAAGAUUCAUCGACAACCACCGGCUCUCGUUGACGAGCAAGGGGUUCAACAGUACCAUGUUAAACGCCUCAUACAGCGACGUCGUCGCGACAGUCAUUACCACUACUUGGUGCAGUGGCAGGGGUAUCGGAUUCAGAAAACUCAUGGGAGGUCAGUCGACACAUGCUGCUUUCCACGAGUCGGUGUGGGAGCGGAGAAGGUUGCAGCUGCAGCAGGUGCAGGUUAA